ACUGCAGUUAUCUGUCACACUCACAGGCUCAGGACACGUCAGGUGACUGAGCAGCAGGUUAUGGGUUAUGUUUUAUGAUCAGGUAAAGUUACAGUGAAGUGGACAGACCGAGACACAGCCGCAGGAGAGUUGCUGAGGACGUGGAGAAUAAAACUGAACAUGGCCUCCUCAGGUAACAUGCUACCAGAGAAACAGUUCCAGUGCAGCGUCUGUCAGCAGGUGUUCACCGACCCGGUCACCACGCCCUGCGGACACAACUUCUGCCAGGCCUGCCUCCGGGCGCUGUGGGACGGGGGGGACGGGGGGGACGACGUGUGCCGCUGUCCCGCCUGCGACAGGACGUUCACGCCUCGGCCCGAGGUCAGCGUCAACGCGGCCUUCAAAGAGCUGGCGGACACGUUCAGACGGAGGGCGGUGGUCUGCUCGUCCGCGGCCCAGCCGGGCGAGGUGGUGUGCGACGUCUGCGCCGCCGCCGGCUUGCAGGUGAAGGCGCUGAAGUCCUGUCUGGCGUGUCUGACGUCGUACUGCGGCGUCCACCUGGAGCCGCACCGCGGAGUCUCCGCCCUGAAGCUGCACAAGCUGAUCGAGCCGGCGGGGAACCUGCAGGACCGGAUGUGCAGGAAGCACGAGCGGCUGCUGGAGAUGUUCUGCCGCGACGAGAACAAGUGUGUGUGUAGCUUCUGCACCGAGACGGCGCACAAAGGUCACCGGGUCGUGACCGUCGAGCAGGAGAGCGAGGAGAGGAAGGUCCAAAUGAAGACGACCGAGGCAGAUUUCCAGCAGAUGAUCCAGGAGCGUCUGAAGAAGGUGGAGGAGAUCCGGAGCUGUUUGAAGCUCAGCGCCGCGAGUGCCGAGCGGGAGAAGAAGGAGAGCGAGCGCCUCUUCACGUCUCUGAUUCGCUCGGCGGAAGGCCGACGGGCCGAGGCGCUGACGGAGGUGGAGGAGCAGCAGCAGGCGGCGGCGAGGCGGGCGGACGAGCUGGUGGACGAGCUGCAGCAGGAAGUGGCCGUGCUGCGGAGGAGGAACGCCGAGCUGCAGGAGCUGGAGAACACCGACGACCACCUGCACCUCCUACAGACGCUGCCGUCUCUCACGGCGCCGCCGCCCUCCAGACAAUGGGCGGAGCUCGGCGUCCACCCCGAGCUCUGCGUGGGGACACUGAGGCGAGCGCUGUCCGACGUGGACGCCGGCCUGAAGACGGAGCUGGACGGCCUGAAGAGAGAAGAGAUGAAGAGGAUGCAGAAAUAUGCAGUGGACGUGGUGUUGGACCAGGACACCGCCCAUCCCAACAUCGUCCUGUCAGCGGACGGGAAGCAGGCGGGCCGCGGCGAGCUGCUGCACCUCGUCCCCGACAACCCCCAACGCUUCGACCCCGUCAUCUGCGUUCUGGCCAGCAGAGGCUUCCUGUCCGGGAGAUUCUACUUCCAGGUUGCCGUGGGGACAAAGACUUUCUGGGACCUGGGCGUGGUCAAAGAGUCUGUCAACAGGAAGGGGAUGAUCACCUCCAAGCCGGAGAACGGCUUCUGGACGGUGCGGAUGAGGAACGGGGACGAGUACCGGGCCCUGGACUCGCCCUCGGUGCGUCUGUCGCUCGGGCAGAAGCCCCGGACCGUCGGGGUGUUUGUGGACUACGAGGACGGGACGGUGUCGUUCUUCGACGUGGGAAACGGGUCGCACAUGUACAGCUUCACCGGCUGCCCGUUCUCCGAGAGGAUCUUCCCCUUCUUCAGCCCCGGCGUGUGUGACGAGGGGAGGAACAAGGCGCCGCUGGUGAUCGCUGCCGUCAAUCCCGAGGGUUCCACCUGAGGCUGAUCCACUGUCUAACGGUUCAGGCUGCAAACGUAUUUCCAUAGAAAGUAAUUUCAACUUUCCAACUCAUAUGAAUCAAACAUUUGCAACAUGAUUAUUAUUAAAAUGCAGGGUUCUGUUGGGCUACGGACUCUGACGUGUUUGCCACAGACUGACUUUACAGCGAGUGCACGUCUCGCCAUGUUGACGAAAUUCCUGUUCGCUGUCUUGUCCAGAUCCAAGUUCCCUUUUGUUUCCCGUGGGUCACGGGUCAGUCAGACAAACGUCGAGGAAAACUCUCCCUCCUUGGCAAAGGAGGAAACUGUGCUAUUGAUUUUCUAAAUCUUUGUUUCUGUGGUGAUCAGAUUCUGAAAUAAAGUUUCAAUGGUU